UGAACGGCGAUAGUCACUGCCUCCUCUUUCAUGGUAGACUCUCUUGUCUAGCAUGGAUUUUUCCAAAAGUCAGAACGAAGAAAAUACAGACGCAAGUAUGAAAGCCAGGGUUCAAAAGACUCCUUUAACAUCAAGACAGGUGGUGAUUUUGAUUGCGGUCAGCGGUGCGGACCUCGUCAACGGCAUGAUGUUUGGCUGGACCGCGGUCUUGCCUAAGCUCCAGGAGGACACCAGCAGGUUCACGGUGACCGAGGACGACGUUUCAUGGCUUGGCGAGUUUCUGAUGGUUGUUAUGCUCAUGAGACACUUGUUUAAGAACAUUGACGCUUUACAAAUUGAAAACAUCAUUUAA